AUGUAUUUUAGCUACUUUAACCUCCCCACAAAGGAUUUGUCGAAUUCACCUGCUCUGAAAGAGACCAGCUUGUCAACCUCUUGUUUCCUCGAUUUGUCAAGACAUCCUAGCUUGCUGAUGGUGCCAACCAAGCCAUUUUGGGGCUCACCUGUCUCCGACUCCCGCUAUCCAACUCCCUCUUUACUUUCGGUUAAUGCUGCUUCUGCCUCUGAUGCUAGCACUGCCAGACCUGGCAGAAUUGCUUCCUUCCCCUCUAUCUACAGUCCAGGUGAUGCAAAUGAUGUUAUCAAUUCGGAAAGUGAAUUUGCGGCUGACUCCGAAAGCACGAGCCAAAUUGCAACAGAAUCCUAUUGUUCUAACGCUGACAAUGAUGUUAGCAAGUGUACUUUAUCUUCACGGCUGAAAGAACCUGUGCCAUCAGAUAUAUGGGAAGAGAACCGGCUAAUUUCAAUGAAUCUUCACCCGACCAAGACAAUCAGACCUACUUCGGAACAAUUAGUAUGCGCAAAUGAUUUAGGAAAUACAUUAUCUCACUCACAACAGUUUCGACAACCAAUCGUUUAG